AUGUUGCUCAUUUACCAGACGGGAAGUGUUAAGAUAGGAGAGGUGAUUAGAUACACCGUCACCUACACUCCCGCUCACGAUCGAAUCCUACCUUCUCCCACGCAUCUCUUUCUCCGAAUCAAGAAUACUUCUGCCAUAGCUCUCAGAGCCGCCUUUGUCCAUGGUCCAUAUACGCUCUACACCUCCGCCUACCCCGCGACCUUCAACCCGAACGAGAAAUUCGAGAACCCGCGUAGGUAUGGCGUCCCAGAGUUCGAGCCAAAUCUCAAGGCGGGCGGGACGUUCAGCACCCAACUCGCGGUUCCCGACCACGUUCGCGAGUCGGCGGGGAGCGCAGAUAGACACGGGAAGGACGUGGAAGGGGAAGAGGCUCAGAGCGUGAGUUGGAUUGUGGAGGUCUCGAGUCAGGUCAUCUUUUCGACGUCUGCGGCAGUCCAUUAUGAGGUGUUGAUUGGGAGAGACGAGAAGAGCCUUAACUUGGGCUUCUCGAAUCCGUUAACGGGGGGAAAUGCGCCUACACCUGGUCAAGUGAGUGAUCACCAGCAAAGCCAGGGUGCGAAAGAUGGCCAUCAUGCGGCGCAACCAAAGGGGAUUUACUCAAAAGCUGUUAAGCUGCGGGUGGAUGAUACGGCGAGUCUAUGGAAUACACCCCCUAUGCCAGAAUGGCCUCGCCCCUCGAAAGAUGCGGCGAAGCAGAAGAGCAAAGAUGCGCCCGUGGAGAAAGCGAGAGAUGGACCGGAUGAUGCGGCGGAUACACAUAGGUUUAAGAGGCAGAAAAAGAUUCAUUUGGUUAUCUUGACGCAUGGGUUACAUGGAAAUCUGGGAGCGGAUAUGCUGUACAUGAAAGAAAGCAUAGAUGCCACCGCUAGGCAGGGGAAAAUCGACGCCAAAGCAAGGCGCGCAAAAAGAAGAGAGGAACGUCGGAAAGCAGAAGAAAGUCUUGCGAAUGACAAAAGCCCUGAAGGAGAAAGCUCUACAGGAGGAAGGCUACCUAGCGAAAACAAAGACGACGAUUCUGAUGAAGAGGAAGAGGAGAUAGUUGUCCGAGGCUUUUCUGGGAAUGCUACUCGAACAGAAAGAGGGAUAAAGUAUCUUGGGAAGCGGCUUGCAAAAUAUGUAUUAGCUAUGACAUAUCCCGAUCAACCUUUUCGACCAAUCUCGAAGAAAACAGCAGCUGAGGCCAUUUCCCAUGCAGCAAGGCCCACUUCUUCACAUACAGCAAACGCAGGAGGGAAAGGUCCUCCGACUCACAAUCAUAGCACCAUUCAUAAAGCUCCCGAUACCAAUCCACAAUCGGCAUAUGUGAUCACAAGUAUAAGCUUUAUAGCUCAUUCUCUUGGUGGUCUAGUACAAACGUAUGCUGUGGCAUAUAUUCAAAAGCAUUCGCCCGAGUUCUUCGAUAAGAUCAAACCUAUAAACUUCGUUGCUUUAGCUUCGCCAUUUUUAGGUUUGAGUAAUGAAAACCCUCUAUAUGUCAAGUUCGCCCUUGAUUUUGGGUUGGUUGGACGUACCGGCCAGGAUCUUGGUCUGACUUGGCGAGCUCCUACUAUUGCCCGCAGUGGAUGGGGUGCGAUUGUCGGUGGGAUCGGAGAGAAUGCGCAAAAGCUUGAAGGUCAAAAUCCACCAGAGUCGAAACCACUUCUUAGAAUUCUGCCUACUGGACCGGCGCAUACGGUGUUGAAAAAGUUUAAGAACCGAACAGUUUACUCUAAUGUGGUUAAUGAUGGAAUUGUCCCGCUGCGCACAAGCUGUUUGUUGUUCCUGGAUUGGCAAGGUCUUGGUCGUGUAGAGAAAGCUCGACGAGAAAAUGGUCUUGUUGGUACAGUUGCGGGAUGGGGUUGGGCUGAGCUCACGGGCCAAAACACUGUCUCGCCAAUGGCUCGUACCUUCUCAGAAGCUUACGAUAACAAGAACAACAACGAUGGUAAUUCUUCCGGAAAUGUUACUCCAACGUUUCCGGGUCAUGGGGAUGAAGUUCCACAACCGCCUCCUUAUGCUACGCAAGAUGACAACAGGAGCGUGAGAGCUUCUUUUGCACGCGAUCGUUCAGAAUCAUUCAGAUCCACAAGCAGCAAUGGUGAUACACCUCAAGCUCAAUCCCAAACUGAUGGCCCAUUCUCUAGCUUUGUUAAAUUCUUCCAACCAAGCAGCGCGCUAAAAACAACAACCCCAUCCAAACACAGCAAAAUCUAUCAUCGAAGUCAAACUUUGAAAAUAGAUAGUAGCUCUGCACCCACCAUUAUGCAUACUCCAUCAUCCCCUCGUAGGCCUGCAUCUGCUCCUAGGAAACACGGAAAAGCUACUGCCGGCCAUUCAGACGACGAAGAUCAUAUGCGAGUUUCCGCACCACCCAAAACAACAUUUUUUGAAGCUGCUGGAGAUAUUCUAAAACCCCCUCUCCCUUCAGCAGAAUACAUGAUCAAUCCCGAGUCAAGACCUCGCGCUAUAUUCCACGAUCGUAUCUACCAUCCUUCCGAUAUCCCUCCGCCACCUCUCAAGAAGCGACCUACCAACGGCAGCUUACUGACAAGACGAUCCACGUCGAAUCCAGGAAGUCCCGGAAUCAAUCGAGCAUUUAGUGGCUUCUCGACCGCAUCUUCAACCCACGACUACGAUGAUACCAAGAACACAAAUCCCGAUAAAGAUCCUCACGAUGUGAUAGAUGCUUCCGCGAUGAAGGUUGAAGAAAAGAUUGCCCGUGCUUACCAUCGUGAUCUCUCGUGGCGCAAAGUGCUUGUUAGUUUGGAACCGGAUGCGCAUAACAAUAUGAUUGUGAGACGGAUGUUUGCCAAUGCCUAUGGCUGGCCUGUCGUUAAACAUCUUUGCGAGACGCACUUUAGCGAUGCGGCGGUUGCUAAUGUUCCUGAUGCGCAAGAGUCGAAUGAGCAGCGUGCGAAAGGAGAGGGUGAGCGACCAGAUGCUGAGGGCAAUGAGGUGAAAGGGAUUGACAAACCUUCCAAAUUGGAUCGAACGGAAUCCGAGAACCGAGAGGCGACAGAUCAUGUUCCUUCCCUCUUAAACUCCCCAAAACCUACCUUCAUCAGUCGCUGCGGCAAUGAGAGCGAAGGGUGGGGUGAGAGGGAGUGGAUGGAUUCUGCCGACGAGAGCGACGAUUUCGAAGACUCCAUCUUUGGCGGCCCAGGCAGUCCUACGAAAGGGAAGUUGAGCCCUCGAGAGAAGACCCGCUCGAGUAGUAGUCAUGGGGGCACCGGGUGGGUAACGGGAGGUGCAGGGUGGAAUUGGACGGAAGCUAUUGCGGGCAAGGGGGCUAGUGCUAGAGCGGGGAGUCCGAGGGGCACGAGUGGGAGGGAGGUGGAUGCUUUUCUGGGGAAGGGCAGAGUUGGAUCGGGAGAGGGGGAGAGGAAGGGGAGUUUGAGUCCGCUUGCAACUGAGGGUAGGGGGAGGGUUGGAUCGGGAGAUGGGGAGAGGAAGGGGAGUUUGAGUCCGCUUGCAACUGAGGUUAAGGGAUUGGGGAUUUCGACUCCGAGGGGUAGUGUUGGUGGUGGUGGUGGUAGUGCUGUCGAAGCUGAGGGACUGGGUGCUUCGAGUUCGGAGGUGGUGGUUGGUGACGGGGGGAAAGGGAAGGGGAGGGGCUAG